CGCUGAGUGCAGUUAUAGCGUUGGCCGCCUGGGACCCGCAGGGCUGUUGUUGCCGCUGCUGCUGCUGCAGAGUGGGGCGCCGCCGCUUCAUCUCCCUGAUAAAAUGCCAAUGCGUGGCUGGAAUCGCUAAUUGGUUUCGAUUCGGCACUGACUUUAUUGCCUCGGAGGGGGUCCGGCCGCGCUGUUUGAUGGAGUGAGAGCAAAAAAAAAUGUCAGUCAGGACUGGCUUUUACAAGCAAGAAUUAAACAAGACGAUAUGGGAAGUGCCGGAGAGAUACCAGAACCUGAGUCCAGUGGGGUCUGGAGCUUACGGGUCCGUCUGCUCUGCCUAUGAUACAAGGUCACGCCAGAAGGUAGCUAUAAAAAAACUAUCAAGACCAUUUCAAUCUCUGAUCCAUGCAAGGAGAACAUACCGGGAGCUGAGACUAUUAAAGCACAUGAAGCAUGAAAAUGUAAUUGGAUUGUUAGACGUCUUUACACCAGCAAUUACACUGGAGAACUUUCGUGAAGUGUAUUUAGUGACCAACCUCAUGGGAGCAGAUUUGAAUAACAUUGUCAAGUGUCAGAAGCUGACGGAUGAUCACGUGCAGUUUCUUGUGUAUCAAUUACUCAGGGGACUUAAGUAUAUCCAUUCUGCUGGUAUCAUUCACAGAGACCUGAAACCAAGUAAUUUAGCAGUAAAUGAAGAUUGUGAAUUAAGGGUAAAGACAACUCUUGAAGGAUAUUUCAAAAAUAAAACAAAUUUUCUUUCUCUCUUCAUUGUAAUAUAUACUGAAUUUAAUAUUUCUAAUGUCUUACAGAUUCUAGAUUUUGGACUCGCUCGGCAGACUGAUGAUGAAAUGACUGGUUACGUGGCAACGAGGUGGUACCGGGCUCCAGAAAUAAUGUUAAACUGGAUGCAUUACAAUCAGACGGUGGAUAUUUGGUCUGUUGGAUGCAUUAUGGCAGAGUUGCUGAAAGGAAAAGCUCUUUUCCCAGGAACUGAUUAUAUUGAUCAACUGAAGCGAAUAAUGGAAGUUGUUGGAACACCCAGUUCAGAGUUACUAAAUAAAAUAUCUUCAGAACAUGCCAGAAAAUAUAUUGAAUCUUUACCAUAUAUGCCUCAAAGAGACCUGAAAGAACUAUUUAAUGGCGACAAUCCUUUAGCUGUAGAUCUGCUGCAGAAGAUGCUUAUUCUUGACACUGAUAAGAGGAUAACUGCAACAGAUGCUCUGAUUCACCCUUACUUUGCUCAGUAUCACGACCCUGAAGAUGAACCAGAAGCUGAACCGUACGACGAAUCAAUAGAGAAUAAGGAGCAGACUAUAGAGGAGUGGAAAGAGCUAGUGUUUGAGGAGGUCAACAGCUUUGAGUUGCCACAAUGUACAAUGGAAAGUAUGGAGAUGGAGCAUUGAGGUGGACCUCACCAUUAUGUCUGCACUGGGAGAUAACAGGAUGUUUCGGCUUCCUGAAGCUGCUUGGCUCACGGAAGGGCCAGCUUUUUUUAUUGUGUGUGUGUAUAUAUAUAUAUAUAUGAGUUCAUUGCACCACAGGCCCGACUUCUGCAUUCGACAUAAAGCAUAAUUUGUUUUCACUGUUAUUUUGUUUUGUUUUUUGCACGACUGCCUUCUGUAAACAAUUGAUAAACCAAAUCUGGUUCAGGCCAGAUUUUUCAAUCACGUUUUAAUAUCCUGAAGUGUACAUUACCCACAUUAUAAUAACGGCCAUUGAGUAAAUAAAAAUGGUUCUUACUAAAAUGUUUCUUUUGAGAUAACCAAAUAUUUCAAGCUGUCAAUUAGCAAAAGUACAGUUUAUUUUAUCUGUAAUUUAUGCUUAUUCUGUUUUGGGUACUUAAAAUAUAGAAUGAUGAUCAAAGUGCUGGCAGAAAUUGUUCAGAAUAAAAUUACUAAUUUUA